UGGUGUAUAUAGCCAGCUCAAAUUGCCGAAUUAUAACCAUGCAGUUUGAUGAUAUUCUUCGACAUGUUGGCGUGUUUGGGCCGUACCAAAAGCGAAUAUGUUUGUUGGUCAUGAUUCCCAUAGUAGCUCUGGCCAUAGACUCCAUGAAUGUUAUCUUCGCUCUUGCAACACCCGAACACAGGUGUUCUGUAGCAUCUUUGUCAAAUGACACGUUUAGAAGUCAAGGUCAAUGGCACGAUGAUCUAGUAAACCAGUCUAUGCCAACUGAAGACGGAAUAACUUCCAAGUGCUACACAUUCGCCAACCACAGUGAUGUGGCGUCGACACAGAACAAUUCUCUAUCAAAAUGCUCUGCCUGGGUGUUUGACCAUAGCGUGUACGAAGUGGCAGGUGGGGAAGAGUUUUUGCUGGUAUGUGAUCGGACAUAUCUUCGUUCGUUGAGCACCUCAAUUAGCUACAGUGGCAAUUUAAUGGUGUUUGCGUUAGGAGUGUUAUCGGAUAUAAUAGGUCGUCGGCGAUGCUUCUUUCUGGUGGUGCUCUUGAGCGCAGUCUCUGGUGCUGGGAAGGCGUUUUGCAAUACCGUCGAAUGUUACACAGCUCUUCACUUCAUAAACGCAAUAGGAAGAACAGGGGUCUACAUGACUGGUUUUGUUAUAUGUAUAUGGUGUAUGGAAUCAACAGUGACAGUGAUGGUCUUGAUGUUAGCGAUGCUGGUGGAGAUACUGAUGAUGACAGUGAUGGUCUUGAUGAUAGUGAUGAUGGUGGAGAUACUGAUGAUGACAUUAUUUAAUACCUGGUAUUGGAUUUACCAAUUUCGUACCUCAGUACUUUCAGCUAUUUCGUGCCUAUCAUGUCUUUCAUACUACAUCACAUUGGUUAUUGUCUUCUACAUUCCUGCAGGUAUGGAGUUGGCUGGACCUUCCAAAAGAGUUGUCGUUGGCAUGGCAGCGGACUUUGCAUGGAUUGUUGGUUUGCUGAUCCUCGGAGGUUUAGCUUAUGUCCUGAGAAACUGGCAUUACAUCCAGCUGUGUCCAGCGGCGGUGAACUUCCUUUACCUCGCCAUGUGGUGGAUUAUUCCAGAAUCUCCACGGUGGCUCCUAGCUAAAGGUCGCAGCGAGGAAGCCAAGGUGAUUCUUGAAAAAACAGCGAAAGUAAACGGAACAGAUAUGUCCAUCUCUGAACUGAUUAACACGAACUCGCCGAGAGAGAAACUGUUCAGCCUACUCACUGGUCGCACGAUGCUCAUCAGAGCACUCAUUAUAUACUUCAACUGGUUUAUGAUCAGCUUGGAUUAUUACGCCCUUACUUACAAUGUCACAAACCUCAGUGGUGACAUCUACCUCAACUUCACCAUCGGCAACCUGGCGGAACUGCUGGGCUACGUCAUCGCAUUCGGCCUGCUUCACAAGAUUGGGAGGAAAUCUUUCCACGCCAGCAGCAUGAUCAUAGGUGGCGCUGCCUGUAUCGUGACGAUAUUUCCGGUCUUGUACUGUGACCAAUCUCUGGCGUGGAUUACGACAGCGCUGUCGAUCGUCGGGAGACUGGCCAUAUGCUGCGCGUUCGCCACCAUCUACAUCUACAGCGCCGAGCUGUUCCCCACAGUCGUCAGGCAGUCGGCGGUGUCGGUGUGCUCCGUGUGCGCCACCAUCGGCGGGAUCGCGGCGCCGUACAUCGCAGAACUGGGGGUUCUACUUGGAGGAGAACUAAAGUCGGUUUUGCCCCUCAUUGUGAUUGGCACGACGUCACUAGCUGCCGGAGUCAUGUCGCUAUGGUUACCGGAAACGCUGGGUGUCAAACUGCCCGAUACUGUCCAGGACGCCAUAGCUAUUGCGAGAAACAAUAGGACGACCACUGUGACUGAUGGGACUAUGCCAAUGCAAAGACUAGAACAAAGAAAAGAAACCAAAGCCUGAUUUUUACUUAUAUUAUCAUAUAUACAAUAAAGAUGAAUAAGGACGUACGGCCAAAACGAAAAGUCGGUCUCUGGUCAGACCAAAGUUCCGUGCGGCAAUGCGGGUUUUUUUAAAGCGUGGAUUUCACAGAUAAGGUGGGAAUAUUUGAUACAGACAUAAGGGGCAUAUUUGAAUUGAAAUCAGUAUGCACGCCUUAGUUCAUAUGCGCGAUGGCAAUUUGGCUCCAAAUGCGCUUUUACGCCAUAGCAAGAAAAGUCCGGCAAAAAUCGACGUCAUACCUUUGAAACUUUUGUUACUUGAAACUUUAUUUCGGUACACUCAGGCCGUCAAACAACAGCAUAUGAGGAAGUAUUGUUCAAUGGGUAUUUACAGUGACAAGUAGGCCUACCGCGGGGAAAUUAAAAAACAAAUGUUGACGCGCGCGCUGACCAGAGACCAGAAAUUUAAGUUGCAGUCUUGUCUUACUAUAAUUAUAAUGCAAUUUGCUGAUGUGAAAUACAGACUAUUGUUUUAAUAAACUCCUGCUUCAUACAAACUUUGAAAUUCAAACCAAUGGACGAACAUAAUGUCCAUAAUAAAUUAGUAUGGUAAAUGGUUAAAUAAAUAUAUUACUUCAAAUUGCAGCUUUUAUAAA